AUGGCGGCGCCCAUGAGUGAGGGAUCUCCCGCCUUGGAGCCUGGCGCUGCUCCCUACGGCAACUUCCCCAAUUAUUCGCGCUUCCACCCGCCCGAGGGGCGAGUCAGCCUCCUGCCUGGCGGGCUCUUGCAGAGCCUGUUCCCCGCGGCGGCCCGCCCGCUGCUGGGGCUCGAUGUGGGGUGCAACUCGGGGGAGCUAAGUGUGGCUCUGUACAGGCAUCUCCUUGGCCUUCAGGAGAGCGAAGGCAGCCUGGACCAGCCUGCAGCUGGAAAGGAUCUGAACCUUCUGUGCUGUGACAUUGAUCCGGUGUUGAUUGAGAGGGCUCAGCAGUGCAGCCCCUUUCCUGCCUCCAUAUCCUUUGCCAACCUGGACAUCAUGGACUCCAGUGCCAGGGAGCCAUUCCUGCGCUCCUACCUGGGCCGUUUUGGCCGCUCCACCUUUGACAUCGUUUUUUGCAUGUCUGUGACCAUGUGGAUCCACCUGAAUCAUGGGGAUAGUGGUCUGAUGGAGUUCCUGUCCUUCCUCUCCUCUCUGUGCAAGUACCUGCUGAUUGAACCUCAGCCAUGGAAGUGCUACAGGGCAGCCGCACGCCGCCUGCGGAAGCUGGGCAGAAAUGACUUUGAUCACUUCCGAUCUCUUGCUAUCAAUGGGGAUAUGGUGGAGAGGAUAACCCAGAUCUUAACAAAGAACUGUGCCAUGGAGCUGGUGUGUUGCUUUGGGAGCACCAGCUGGGACAGAAGCCUCUUGCUUUUUAAAUCAAAUGGCUCAAAUCACGAGGGCAGGGAGUCUUCCGAACGGGAGCAGUGACUGACAGAUGGCUUCUCACAUUCAUGAAUUCAUAGGCGAGGAGGUGCUUGCUGUUUACAGAGUCAAAUCUAGGAAUUCCUAAAUCCCUAUUGAGACAAGACCUUGACCUCCCUUUUUCUUUCCAUCUGCAAAAUGCGGUGGCAGUUUUAACCUACCUUGUGGGUUCUGAGAUUGCUGUUCCUAGAAAGUGCUCUUGAAAUCAAAGUUGCUGCAUAUGUGCUUUCUAUGUGUACCAAGAAUAUUCCCUGGAAGAAGAGAGAACAUACCUUUUUUGUUGCUGGAGCUUUUCAAGGAAAGGAAACAUUUCUUUUGACCCGUGUGAUGCGCUGUUUGUUCUGCUUCUUGUCAUGUUUUCUGUAUAAAAUACUCUUGGAAAACAUAUAACCUGGUUUACCAGCUAUGAAGAAGUGAGUUGGAUCGUUGCAGAGGGUGUCUGGGUGACAGGUUGCCCAGAGAGGUUGUAGAUGCCCCAUCCCGGGAGACAUUCAAGGUCAGGUUGGACGGGGCUCUGAGCAACCUGACCUGGUUAAAGAUGUCCCUGCUUAUGGCAGGGGGGUUGGACUAGAUGACCUUUAAAGGUCCCUUCCAACCCAAACUUCUGUGAUUCUGUGGUAUUGGUCAGGCACCUUUGCAGAUGGGGCUUGCCUGGAGUGUGCUUUGGAGGUUGACAAUGGUGUGGUCUUUCUGUAGAGAGAGGGAUUUCGAUGGUAGGGCGUGUGUUCAUUUAAGCGUAUAACAGAGUGAGUGCUCUUUGUAAUAAUAUCC